AUGCAAGGACUCGCGGCCCUGCCCACCGUGGUGUCCCUCGCCGCCUCCGUGCAUGCGACCGCCAACCCGCCAGCAGCAUGCAAAGCGUUUCCCGGCUCGGCAGACUGGCCGUCGGCGGCGUCAUGGAGCAAGCUCAACGAGACUAUCGGUGGCAGGCUGCUUGCUCCCGUUCCGCCCGCAGCCGUGUGCCACCCGGCGCAGGCGACGUACAGCGCGGAAGCUUGCAGCGCGCUCACGCAGGAAUGGACGUCGUUUGACUUUCACACGCGAGACCCCGUAUCGACUAUGUGGGAGCAGUUUUCCAACAACACAUGCUUGCCGGACCCUAAAUACCCGUGCUCGCCGACCGGGUACCCGCCGUUCGUGGUGAACGCGACGACGCCGGAGCAUGUCCAGGCUGGCGUAAACUUCGCCCGUGAGCACAACGUGCGUCUCGUCGUCAAAGGUACUGGCCAUGACGACAAUGGACGGUCCAUUGCGCCAUUCGCGCUGUCCAUCUGGACGCAUCAUAUGCGGGAUAUUGCGCAUCAUCGCGGCGAGUUCACGCUGGCAGGCUCCAAGAAGCGCAUCAAAGGCAACGCGGUCACUGUGGGGGCCGGAGCACAGAUGUAUGAUGUCUACACGGCUACAGCGAAGAAUGGCGAGACCAUUGUCGGCGGCGGGGGCAAGUCGGUUGGACUGGGUGGUUAUAUCACGGGAGGCGGACACUCCAUUCUUGCGGCGCGGUAUGGGCUUGCUGCGGACAAUGUCCUGGAAAUGGACAUGGUCACGCCGGGGGGCGAGUUGCUCACCAUCAAUGAGGAUCAGAACCGUGACCUCUUUUGGGCCAUGCGCGGUGGCGGGGGUUCGACCUUUGGUGUCAUUACCUCCAUGACGCUCAAGACGCAUCCGUCGCCCAAGAUCGCCUUUGCCAACUGGUACGCCGUGACACCCGCCGAAUCAUCCGUCGGGUUCGAUGUCAUUGCCUACGUGCUGUCACAAUUUCCCAGUCUCAUGGACAAGGGGGUUUCAGGCUAUUUUUACGUCGCGAGAGACACGCCAAACCCCAUCCCCUCCCCUGAUCUGCCGGCGGUCAUCACUGGCGUGCUCGGCGGUUUCAUGCUGCAGGACGUCACGGACGGAGAGAAACUGCAAGAGCUGCUCACGCCGCUCAACGAGACCAUCAAGGCUCGCUGGAACGGCACCGCGCAGAUCCUCCAGCAGACGGCCCUGUACGACUCGUUCCUCGACUGGUUCGACGUCAACUACGACCAGGGCCAAGCCGGCGCCAAUCUGUACAGAGGCUCUAGGCUGAUAGACAAAAAGGCACUGACAGGCGACCCCAAGGCACUGGCAGAGGCGUACAAGGCGGCGACGGAGGCGGGAGGCGCCAUCACCGCAUAUCUGGUCGCGGGGCAGGGCGUCCGCAACGCGAAGCCACGGGGCGGCUCAAACGCCGUGAACCCGGCUUGGAGAAACGCAUACGUCCAGUCUCUCACGGGGGUGGCCUACGCGCCGCUCAACAAGACGGCCGAGGACGAAGUCAUUCAGGCGCUGGGCCGAUCCUUGGAGCCGCUGAAGAAGCUGACGCCAAACAGCGGCGCCUACGUCAACGAGGGCUUCCUCUUCGAAAAAGACUGGCAAAAGACGUUUUGGGGUGAUAAUUACGAGAGACUGCUCAAGAUCAAGCGCAAGGUCGAUCCCAAGAAUGUUUUCGUAUGCUUCCCGUGUGUCGGCAGCGAGGGAUGGAAGCAAGGCGAGGACGGACGGCUUUGCAAGGACUAA